GAGAUAAGAGGAGAUCGUGAACACCACGCGAAUCCUCUGCGCUCCACGUGGCACGCCGGGAGAUUCGAGCGUGGAGAACACAACACGUGCGCGCGCCUGUUCGGAAGAGGCACCACAACAACAUCCACCACCACCACAACAACCACCACCACAACAACCACCACCACAACAACCACCACAACCACCGCGAGAAUCUGAGAAGGAUCUGCAUGGAUCGGCCCGUGCGCAGUCCACGGGUUUGGCUGCUGGUCACGUCCGCGCUGCUGACGUGGGGCGAUGUCUCAUCACUGAGCAGCCCCUCGCUCCCAGAUGUGCGGGAUCUCAGGCAGACGGCGGCGCUGCAGGACGGCUACUCGCUGGCGUGGGGGGUCCCCCAGGGGGUCCCCCAGGAGGUCCCCCAGGAGGUCCCCCAGGGGGUCCCCCAGGGGGUCUCCCAGGGGGUCCCCCAGGAGGUCCCCCAGGGGGUCCCCCACGCCGCCUCUUUCUCGGUCUCCAUCAACGGCAUCACCGUGGCGACAGCGCUCACAGAGCCACGGUACAGCGUGCGGGGCUUGUCCGCGUGCGUGCGCCAGCGUGUGCACGUGACGAUGGCACGUGACGACGGCAGUGAGAGCCCCGGAGAGACGAUCCUCGCUCACACGGCCCCCGGCCCCCUCCUGGGGGCGUUCCUGCAGCGCUUCCCCGGUGGCGCCGUGGCCUGGUGGCGCUGUGCGGUGCGCGCCGACUCCGUCCAGCUGCAGCUGCUGCUGCUGCGUGACGGUGACGGCACGGAGGGAGCGGAGGAGCAGGAGGAGGAGGAGGAGGAGGAGGCGCCGAGCCCCACCGCGGUUGCCUCCGCGCCGCCCGAGCGCUGCCACGUGGAGCUGGGCGCCGUCGCCACCGCCUGCUCCCCGGCGCGCUUCUCACUGCACGCCGUCUGCGGGGGCUGGCCGGGGCCCGCCCACUCCUGGGACAGCCUCACUGGCCCCGGUCCCCUGGGCCCCCUGUCGGUGCGGGGCCCUGACGCCGACGGGGCCGUCGCGGCGUCGUGGGCCCCCCGCGCGGGGCCCGCGUCCCGCGUCUCCGGGGGGCGGCCGCGGGCGACCCUGCGGCGGGGGCGGGGGGGGCCCGGCGCCACGACCGCCCUGCGGGGCCUGCGGCCCGGCGCCUCCUACGAGCUGAGGGCCCACGAGGAGUGCGGCGGCCUCAGGGGCCCCACCUCCUCCGUCUUCUUUCGCACCGGCUCUGCCCACACGGAACUUGACCCCUACGACGCGGUGCUUCUGCCGCGUGGUGGUGCCGGCGCCCGGCCGUCGCCAUCGCCAGCAGCGCCGGCCUCUCUGGGGUUGGAGCCGUCUCCUCCUCCGCGGCCUCCUGGUGGAGCGGGGGCUGCUGAGGCCGUAUCCAAGCCACGCUCCUCCACAUCCUCCACCUCCUCUGUCUCCUCUAGCUCCUCGUACUCUGCGGUGCUGGUGGUGGAGCAGCACCGUGUGGCGAACGCCUCCGGGCAGCUCCGGCCAUCGGUCAACGGCUCCGCGCAGGACUUCCACCACGAUGUCAGGACCUCCGGCAGAGAGCCACAGCUCUCUGUGAACGCCUCCGCCGGGGGGCCACUACUCAAUGUGACCUCAGUGGAGGGGCCACGGCUCAACGUGACCUCCGCAAGGGGACCACAUCUCGCCCUGAACAUCUCCACGACAGCACCACGACUCACCGUAACCUCCACGGGAGCGCCACGGCUAUCUCCGAACACCUCCACUGGGGGUCCACGGCUUGCUCCAACCUCCGUGAGAGAGCUAGGUGUCCACAAGACCUCCACCGUGGGACCACGACUGUCGAAAACCUCCGCGAGAGAACCAAGACUCGAGGUGACCUCCACCAGGGGACCACGGCUCUCCGCCAGCGCCUCCACGUGGGGGCCAGGAAUCGCCGUGACCCCCACCAGGGGACCACGGCUCUCCGUGAGCGCCUCCACGAGGGGGCCAGGAAUGGCCGUGACCUCCACCAGGGGACCACGGCUCUCCGCCAGCGCCUCCACGAGGGGGCCAGGAAUGGCCGUGACCUCCACCAGGGGACCACGGCUCUCCGCCAGCGCCUCCACGAGGGGGCCAGGAAUGGCCGUGACCCCCACCAGGGGACCACGGCUCUCCGCCAGCACCUCCACGAGGAGGCCAGGAAUGGCCGUGACCCCCGCGAGGGGCUUGGGGGAGGUUGGGGGGGGCGGCACCUUGGGUGUCGUCGUGGGCCGUGUCGAGGAGGUCGAGGAGGCGGCGAGGGGGCGCGGUCACGUGGUGGUCAUCUUCCCGUGGGUGCUGGACGACUUCCUGCGGGAGCCGGGCUCUGCCGCCUCCCGGGCGUUCAGCUCCGCCGUGGGGCUCAAGUUCUCCGAGUUCGUGGCUGCCGGAGCCGGCGGCGUGGCUCCGGAGCGUCUCCUCGUGGCUGUGGUGGGGAUCUCGCGCGUGCUGCUGGGGGGCGACGACGACGACGACGAGCAGGAGGAGGAAGAGGCGGUGGCUGCCACGCUCUCCGUGCGGCUCCGGGCCGCAGACAACCGCUCCGAGUCGGCCGUCCCGCCCGGCACCGUGCUGGCUUGGGCCAGACGGCCGCUCGCAUCGUCGCCGUCCUUCGCCGUCCUGCGCGGGAGGCUCACCUGGACGGGGACGAGUGCGUGCCACGGAGCCGCCCUGCGGGGGGUCGCUCCGUGCGGCACGUUGGGCUCCGUGUGCGUGAACGCGCUGCCCGGGCGGGCGUGCGCCUGCGGCCCGCGCCUCUACGACAUCGGUGACCUCUACGGGGAGCGGCCCGGCUCCCGCUGCGUGGAGCACGGCAUGCGUGUGUACUGCGAGCCGCGCUCCGUGGCGGUGCGCGUGUCGGCCGCGUUCGUGCGCGAGCACGCCCCCUCGGCCGCCCCGCCCCGCCUGCGCCUGCUGGACCCGCGCUGCGGUGGCCCCGUCGACGAGGGGACCUACCUCUUCUUCAACGUCACGGGGGGCCUGGGCAGCUGCGGGGGCACCGCCACGGUGAACGAGACUCACGUCCUCUACGAGAACACCGUCCUCGUCAUGGACGAGGACGACGAGGGGGGGGCAGAGGGGGAGGGGAGGCGGAGCACCGGCACCCCACCGCUGGUGUCCCGCGGCUCGCUGGCGCUGCGCUGGGCCUGCGUCUACCCCAGGAGCUACCGCACCACUCUGGGCUACGCGCUGAGUGACGGCGCGUGGGCACGCGGGGCCCCCCCCAGCGCCAGCCCCGCGGCCGCGACCGUCCUUGUCGGCCACGGCGCCGGGGUGAAGGUGCGCCUGGCGAUGUCGCUGUACCGCAGCGCGGCGUUCGCGCCGGGCGACGCGCUGGCGCCGCCGGGCACGGGGCCGCUGCCCGUGGCGCUCUCCGGCUCUCUGCACCUGGAGGUGCGGGCGCAGCUGCUGGGCAGCGCCUUCGGCGAGGAGCCCCUGACGCUGGCGCUGCUGGCCUGCUGGGCCACGGGCACGCCCAGCGCCGACGACCCCGUCUCGGUGGAGCUGAUCCACGGCGGCUGCGCGAGGGACGAGACGCUGCGCUGGCACGGCGAGAACGGCCGGGCCCUCUGGAGCCGCUUCUCCGUCGCCAUGUUCCACUUCGCGCGCCGGGAGACGGCGCCGCUGCACCUGCACUGCCGCGUGCGUGUGUGCGGCGCCAGCGCACGCGGGCGCUGCCUGCUGACGUGCCCCGCCAAGCGCUCCUCCGCCAACCGGGAGGGUUCCACUCCCGACGCGGACCCCCGCGCGGGCGGCCCGGAGGACCGGGCGGGCCGGGGUCUCGCCGCCGCCGCGGGGGUGCGGCACGCCCACCCCGGCCCAACGGAGGUCGGGGGCUCCCCCAGGGGCCCACCCACCCGGCGGCGGGUGGCGGUGGACACCACGCUGUCGCUCGGCCCCAUCCUCCUCGUGCGGGCUGGAGAGGGAGGGGGCGCCACGGGGCCCGUCGGGGUCGUCACGGACGGUGCCAGGCCGUGGGCGGGCCCCGUGGUGGUGGUGGUGGCCGUCGCAUCGCUGCUCUCCGUGGUGGCUCUGCUCGCCGCCACGUCGCUGCUCCUCCGGCGCCUCCUGCGGCCGCGCCUCGAGCUCCACCGGGAGGCCAACCGCACCGCGCGCCGCCUGGCCCCCCCGCCCCCACCACGGGGGGCGGAGGGGGCAGGGGGACACCCCCGCCGCGUGAGGGGGGCCGCACGACCCCCGCCGACCCUCGCCGGCGAUCGGGGGAAUACGUUCUCCUGAUCCUUGACCCCCCCCCCCCCCCCAUGCCCCCCCCCCACGCGGGUCAUGAGUUUUUUUUGCUACCCCGUUCACUCUCGGAGCAAGUUGAGAAUGACGGAGGAGAGGCGCAAGCUCACGAGACAGCCGCAGACUUAGCGGGGGGCGGGGGGGGGGCGGGGGGGGGGGGGCUGGCUGGUACCGCCACCAGGUUUGAUCUCACGUCCUGUAGCAGCGGUCGUGGUGGUAGUAUUAUAAUCGUGUUAACAUAAUAUUAUUAUAAACAUUAUUUCCGCGCUUGGCCAACUCACGAGGGUGAGGGCCCAGUUUCAAAUGGUGCUCGGCGCAUCUUUUUUUUAGUUUUCCCGGUCCUGCGGACCAAAUCCCCGCGCGUGCACACACGGACACGCAUACACACACGCACACACACACGCAUACACACACAUACACACACGCACACAC